CCGUGGGCGGGGCUCAAAAUAUGACGCGUCAGGAAGAGCCGCGAAAAUCCAAAAGCUGCGGUUUGGCAUAAAACAUAAGGGUACAUUCGAGAAGUACAUCACGGAGAGAAAAAUAAAGACGAAACCUUCAUAAACAUGGAAAAAGUGACUGCAACAGGUGUGUUGAAUCAUCUGAGUCUGAUGGAGGCUCAGACGAGGAGCUCCAAAGAUCACCGUCAGCAGCAGCAGCAGAGCCGUGUGGAGGAGCUAAAGGCUAAAGUGGAGGAGCUAAAGAGGCACCGAGACCAGCUGAAGAAGGAGGUCGAAGUGUAUGAGAGUGUCCGGACACUGAGGGCGUCUAUGGACUCAAAGUCUGUACAUGAAGAAGAUGAGAGAAUGGACGGUGACUCUGAGAACGCCGAGAUUUUGUGGCUGAUGGCCAAACAUUGUCAAGUGACAGACCUCCUGCAUGCUCAUCGUCUCAUUGGGGGUUUCGAGAUCAUUCAGACUAAACAGGGUAAAGGCCUCUGUGUGUCUGUAGCCACCUCUUAUGAAGGGGUCUACUUGGACAGAUACAGCCUCGAAUUUGACACGAAGCCGACCUUUAGGAUCACUCGCCACAACAUUCCCCCUUUCAUUCCUUUGAACAAGCUCACCGAGCAGAGCAACAUGACAGAGACAGAAUUAAAGGCAUUUCUGCAUAUUCUCAGUCAGCAUCUCAACGCUUAUGCUGGUCGCAAGCAGCAGUUACAGCUGGUUAAGGAGCAUCAUCAGUCUGUGGAGGUGAUGGAGAGUAAUGCUUUAUGCUCACUGCUGGUGCUGUUGUUCACUGUGCCAAAGAAGAGGACUCCUGUUCUGUGCACAAUGGAGUACCUGGACCACAUCAGAUGUCUGCCUACACGAGUCUACUGUCAGAGUGAAGACACUGAACUUCCUGAGUGUCCACAGUGGAAGUCCAACUGCCUCCUACUCAUGGAGAACCCUGUGCACAAAGCUUUGAGCACCAUGAAGACCAUGGGCCAUAUUGUGUAAUGUAUCUCUGAAGGAGGACUUGUACAUGCUACUGAACAGUGUUUAACAUGUACAGUACUAUGCAAAAGUCUUCGUCCACCUUUAGAUUUGGUGUUUUUCCAGUGAUGUAAUGGACAUAUAUCUAUUUGUCAAUCUCUUUAUUCAGACACAACAAGAAAAUACAGCAAAGAUGUACAAUAAUAAGACAAAAAUAACUACACAACUAAAUUGUUUGUACAGGCAGAAGUAAGUAUUUAGUGUGUCUUCUGUUUCUAUGACGACCGUAGCUCAAGCGUGAGUUCAGUAAAACCUGGUGCAGAACAACAGAAGUGCAGUCAGUCUUAGUUUGUCACAACUGAAGAGUUCAUGGCCUGUUUAUGGCAACUGUGAGAAAUGCUGGAAUUUGAAAAUCUACACGUCGUCUUUCUGCAGCUCUGUCCUUUUGGUCCAGCUCAAAACCCUAAAUACAAAUGUGGAUUAAACUCAUGUGGCUUAUUGCUGUAUGAAAAAAUGCUGCCACUUUUCUAUGUUGAGACACAGAGUAGAGCAGUCACAUCCAGGCAGUUGGCAGUUGUGAUCUGCCAAUCACAGUUUGAACCCUCCCGCCUGUCUGAAAACUUUUGAUGAGCCAAAAUCAGAGCAUCGUGAAGUAGAUAUAGAAACCUCAUGUCCUUGGACACUGGAAUAUUUGCCCAUUAAUGC